CAGCGCCACAGUGACGGCGGCUGGGUCCUUCAAAGAAACUACAUUUCCAUGACGGCAGUGGGAGGGUUGUUGAGUAACGAGGUGGGGCGUUUUCACAGUUUGAAGCAACAAGUUGCCCUGGCGAGAAGGCGAGCGGCUACUCCAUCGUGGUUUCUGCGGCAGGUGGUCACCGCGCGUCCAGCACUGCUCGCACUUUGUGAAUGGGAUUACUGACCGCGCAGCCUUCAGAGCUGAAAUGGACGGAGGAUGGAUGGAGUAGAAUAACUUCUUCGAAUUAGCUCAAAACACCUUUUCUUUUCUCUGAGAGGCGGAAAGUGAGGAAAUUGGUAGACAAGUGGUGUUUUUUUUGACGCGUCUCUGCGUGCGUAAUGCUCUCAGCCUAGAGCCUUUUUGAUGUUUUUGUUUUUCCUGAAUGUUGUUGCAUUGUGAAUAAUGGCACUCGCUAGAUUCAGCAAAAUUCUCCGGCUGCCCACUAUUGAAAUAAAAAAGAAAAGCAAGCAGUACGAGCACGUCCGUAGGGACAUCAAUCCUAACGACAUAUGGGAGAUUCUUGGCGAGCUGGGCGACGGUGCGUUUGGAAAAGUCUACAAGGCCAGGAACAAAGAGACGGGAGCUCUGGCUGCAGCCAAACAGAUCGAGACAAAGUGCGAAGACGAGCUGGAGGACUACAUGGUUGAGAUUGACAUCUUGGCUAAAUGUGACCACCGCUACAUUGUCAAGCUGCUUGAUGCAUUUUACCAUGACAACACACUGUGGAUCAUGAUCGAGUUCUGCCCCGGAGGUGCUGUGGAUGCCACAAUGCUAGAAUUGGAUCGCGGGCUGACGGAGCCACAGAUUAAGGUGGUUUGUCGCCAGAUGCUGGAAGCUCUGGUCUACCUUCAUAGCAUGAAGAUCAUCCACAGAGACCUGAAGGCUGGUAACAUCCUCCUCAUGCUGGACGGAGACAUCAAACUGGCCGAUUUUGGAGUAUCUGCAAAAAACAACAAAACCUUACAAAGAAGAGAUUCUUUCAUUGGAACGCCAUACUGGAUGGCCCCAGAGGUGGUAAUGUGUGAGACCAUGAAGGAUUCUCCAUAUGACUACAAGGCUGAUAUCUGGUCCCUGGGAAUCACGCUGAUCGAGCUCGCGCAGAUUGAACCCCCGCACCACGAGCUCAACCCCAUGAGGGUGUUGCUGAAGAUUGCCAAGUCGGAGCCUCCCACCCUGGAGCAGCCACAGAAAUGGUCACGGGAGUUUAAAGAUUUCCUGAAGAAAGCUUUGGACAAAAACCCAGAGACUCGUCCGAGUGCAACACAACUCCUGGAGCACCCUUUUGUGAAGUCUGUGACGUCUAACCGUCCGUUGCGGGAGCUGGUGGCCGAGGCCAAGGCUGAGGUCAUGGAGGAAAUAGAGGACAAUAGAGAGGAAGGAGAGGAGGAUGAUGCCAUGGAGCUCACUGUGUCUCCAGGCAAGGAGCCAUGCCAGACCAGUCAGACCAGUUUGGAAGGAGAGCCGGACACCCCGAGCCCCACCACACCUUCCCCAACCACACCAGUACCUUUACCCAGGAAAGCAGUUGAGCCAGAUACACCAACAGAGCCAGGCUCCGUCAUGGUGGUCCCUGUUCCGGUACCACGGCAGAAUCUCCCUUCAAAAGAUCCUAAACUUGCUGAUGAAGUCACUCUGGAGUCUGAUAAAUCUGAGAGCAAGGCCUCAACCAAGACUUCCAGCUCAGAUUCGGGCAUUGAGGAUGGGAAGAGUACGCCUACGUCAGAGGAGGAAAAGGUUGUUGUGGAGACUCCAGAGACAGAACAUCCACCAUCUCUGACCCAGCCAGAGGCAUCUGCGGAACAGGUUGACAUCAUCAUAGACUCGAAAGACCCGGAGGUGCCCAAAAUCCGAGUGACCAAGGAGGAUAACAACACUGGGGUUGAUGAAGGCUUACCAACACCAAGUCCAAGUCCCACUGUCACUCCCAUACCCACUCCUGCUCACUCAUCGGCUUCCACCCCCAUACCCUCACCCCGUUCAGGGCCGAAUGGAAGCCUGACCAAAGAUACCCCAGAGCGGACAUCAAUGGGAGGAAACACAGAGGCUAACUCACCUUAUAUCAAUGGAGGGAUUUUCAGCAAACGGUUCUCUUACUCAGGCAGCAUGGCAUCAGAGAGCAUGGAUUUGUCGAUCCCCAAGGAGAACAUGUCAAUGUCCGCAAGGAACUUCUCGAGUAAGACUCUGAAGCGAACCAGGAAGUUUGUUGUUGACGGCGUAGAGGUGAGUGUGACCACCUCCAAGAUUAUCAGAGAUGACGAGAAGAAAGAUGAGGAGAUGAGAUUCCUGAGACGCCAGGAGCUGCGUGAGCUCCGUUUGAUCCAGAAGGAAGCUCACCGCGCUCUGACUGUUCUAAACACCAAACUGGAGACACAGAGAGAGCAAAUGCAGAGACGUUUUGAUCAGGAUAUGAAUACCAAGAAGAAACACUAUGAUGUGGAGCUGGAGAACCUGGAGAAGCACCAGAAGCAAACUAUUGAGAAGAUGGAGGCAGACCACCAUGUUAAACUCAAGGAAGAGACCAAACGUAUCAAAGCAGAGCAGGAACGUGAACACCACAAAUUCCAAGAUCAGCUGAAACACAAGAAAAAGGACGUCAAACAGUCUGUUGAUAAGCUGCCCAAAAGUCAGCGUAAAGAAUCCUUGAAGCAGAUGAUGAAUUCCUUCCAAGACAUGAAAAUAAAAGAGGAGAGCAGAUUCUUGGCUGAUCAGAAGGACUUCUUGGACACCACUCUGAUGAGAAUCAUCUCCAACAACAAGAGAGAGAUUGCGGAGAUGGAGAGGGAAUGCCUUAACAAAAAACAGCAGCUAAUCAGAGAGCGUGAAGCUACGAUAUGGGACAUGGAGGAGAAGAACCUCUAUGAAAGACACCAGUUAUUAAAGCAGCAGCUGAAAGACCAGUACUUCCUCCAGAGGCACCAACUUCUCAAGAAACACGAUAAGGAGCAGGAACAGAUGCAGUGCUAUAAUCAGCGAAUGAUUGAGAUUCUGAAAGGUCGGCAGCAACAGGAGAAGAACCGACUGCCUAAGAUCCAGCGCAGUGAGGCCAAGACCCGCAUGGCCAUGUUCAAGAAGAGCCUCCGCAUCAACUCAACAGGCAGCUCCUCUGAAGACAGAGAGAAGAUCAAACAGUUUUCUCAACAGGAGGAGAAGCGGCAGAAAGCAGAGAGGCUGCAUCAGCAGCAGAAACAUGAGAACCUGAUGAGAGAGAUGAUUGGCCAGUGUGAAAGCAAUAUCAGAGAGCUGCAGCAGCUGCAGAAUGAAAAAUGUCACCUGUUGAUUGAAAAUGAAACUCUGAAGCUUAAGCAUUUGGAUGAACAACACAACCAGCUGCUGAAGGAAUGGAGGGAUCACCUAAAACCCAGGAAGAAGGCCCUUGAAGAGGAGUUAAACAUGAAGAAAAAGGAGCAGGAGGCUUUCUUCAGGAUGAGUGAGCAUUCGGAUUGCCCAAACCCAAGUUCUCCCAAUAAACUCUCCAGGUUUGUGCCUUACCAAGACUCAUCUGCCACAUAAAAAUAGCUGCUGUGAUGUUCCACAUUAUCUCCUGGGCACUGUCACUCAUACAUCCACAGGUGUUACAAAUGCCUGCUGCCUCAGUUGUAAUUGGCUUUGCCUGUAAUGGCAGCAUAUCUAUUCCUUUCUUUAGGUUCCUUCAUUGUUUUAGCGAAUAUUUAUGUUUUAACUCAUGUUCUUAGGUUUUUCUUCGAAAAAGUGUUAUAGUGUUUGAUGAUUUGAAACUCAUCAUGUGCUCCACAUCAAAUCAAGUACCGUACACAGCACCAGCUCCUCCAGUGUUUAAAUUUCUUUUCAUUUCUGCUUCUUCUUGUGAAACGUGAUACAGAGAUCGUGAGAUCGUGAGUGAACAUGUACUUGUGGGUGAGCUGAAAACCAAACUAAUUAUCAGUUGAGUAAAUAUUCGGGGGGAAGAAACAUCGUUUUGGUAAGAAUUAGUUUGCGGUAUCUUAGUACUAGUGAGGAAAUUUCUUUUUGCAUGAGAAGGAAGAAUGUUUGUUUCCAUGAAAGCUGUUGAGGCGGUUAACUAAGCACUUUUUUAUUUAUCCCAAAUUAGCGGGGCUGUCUUCCAAAUAUCACGACCAAAAACACACACAAACCCAAAACUUCACAAUUUACCAACUACCAACUUUUUUCUGUUUUCUGGCUUGGCUGACUUAUCUGUUUGUAAGUCAGAUGCAUGUCACAGAGAAGCUUAAGCCAUCUUUUAUUUAUUUUUACAUAUAAAGAACCAUAUCCAGAUUUAUCACUGUAAAGGCUAAUUUAAUAUUUUUGUUUCUCUGUUUCUACCUGCACACCUAUGGUAUGAAGGACAUGCUUAUUAUUUUGUAUCCUGUUUUAAAUGGCCAUGAGGCUGAAUCCAGAUCAGAAUUUAAUAUUUUUUUAAUGAUUGAUGUAAUGAUUAUUUGGGAAUGGGAUUGUAACACACAAGGGAAGACUUAAUUCUUAUCGCAAAGUGUUACAACAUUUUUGUUUUUCUAUUUUGUUUUGUUUUUACUGUAAAAUCAGUCACACUGGAUAGUAACUGACAACGCCAAAGGAAAAUACUGUUGUUGUUUGAAGGAUGUUAGAUUUAAAUUUGAAUAAUAAAAGUAAAUGUAUUAAGUGUUUAAUUGUUAUACCAUGUGCAGUAAGUGCACUGCUUGCUAACAAAAGUGCAAUAUUACAUGUAUGUCUUUGCUAAGCUUAAAGAGGUUUAUCUUUCUUAAAUUUUACCUUCCUUUGCACUGAGAAGGAGAAUAAUAUCAAGAGUUUAACUCCAAAGAUAGGUGGAUCAAAUUUUUGAAAGAAAUGUCAAUGCAUAAAAGUGAUUCCAUCUUCAGCUAUUUUCUACUCAAGGAGCAGUAACUUAAGAUUUCAUUUUUCAAAUGAUGAUCUGAUUUUUGAACAUAACUCUUCACAUCAUUUUGUAAGGGAGUGCAACAAUUCAGACUGACGGAAAACAACUCUAAAGUUUGUAGCUGAGGAACUUGUUGCCUUGAGUUUUCUUUAGAGCAAUUUGACCUGCAGAUUUACAUUAAAUCAGGUCAGCUUUCAGGUACUGCUUAGUCUCUUUCUCCUCUCACACACUUUCUCAAAAGUAUUUAAAUUUGUUGUAAAAAAUUCUCUUUACUGUCACAUUUGGUGGCUCCAUCUGUGCCUUCCUCUCUGACUCUGUUUACAUGAUAUUGUUUGUAUGGAAAGGGUUGUGAGCGUGAAUGAGACUGUAUCAGAAGGAACCACUGUUGUAAAUAAUAUUAAUAAAGGAAGAUUUUCUAAUUA